GUGCCACCGCCCUCGGCUCGCUCCGUCGCGGUCUGGAAGAGAACGAAACGCAUGAACAAAGCGACUAUAGCUUCGUGUCUCAAGUCCAUCAUGUUCUGUAUUCGAUCAUGAAAGCUUGGAGACCCUGAGAAUUUGCUCUAGCAGUUCCAACAUGGCGUCCACAAAGAUGUCCACGCUUCCAGCGCUGAGGAGACAACAUCUCCUCGCCGAGUUUGCAGGCUUGAAGCAAGCUUGCCCAGAUGGUGUCUUUAUGAGUUUGACGCCUGGUGACCCUGCACUGUGGUCGGGCGUCAUCUUCGUACGAAAAGGACCAUACGAAACCGCAAUUCUCCGCUUCCAAAUAUCAUUCCCCGACACCUAUCCGCGUCUGCCACCACUGGUGACUUUCUCGACAGACAUCUUCCAUCCGUUGAUCACGCCUCUCACCACCUACAUGUACACCACCGAUAUCCAUGAUAAUGGCACCGUGAGCGCAACCGACGAGGAGCGACUGCCCCCGGGGGGCUUCAGUCUUCGGCACGGGUUUCCCGACUGGUUUGGGAGGGGCGGUGGACGUAAAAGACCUGGCCAGAGCGGUAGCAGGGUCGCAAGCGGCAGCAGUCAACUGCAAACACCCCCACGGCCGUCAGGGGCUGGAGCCAGCCAUGGUGGAACCCCGGCUUCGAAUCUGUCAUCUGGAGGUGGCCCUCAGCGGCACCUACAGACAGAGAUUCAGAGUGAAGAGAUAUCGACGUAUGAAGUUCUUCGGUACAUCGCCAGCACUUUUGACGACGCCGCUGUCCUCGACUCGGUGCCUCUUGAAGCUGCCGGCAAUCCGGGAGCUUGGCAUGCUUGGAAGACACGCCAGAGCGAAGCAGCCAGCUCAAGGGACCGCACAACCUCUCCGUCUGGCACAGGAGGGUCAAGUACGCCCAAGACCACGCAAGGAGUGCCCCUGUCUCAGGAACUGGGUGCCGAUGACGUUCCAGAGGCAGGGUCGGGUGCUGGCGCUCGUAGACCAGGAGAGUGGAAUUGGGAGGGAGUCUGGGAGGAAAGAGUCAAGAGAGGAAUAGCAGCAAGCCUGUCGGAACCAGUUCUCUUUGGAAACGCUGGUGGUGCCGCUGAUGAUGUGAUUCGGUUUAUCAAUAUGGAGAAGGACGAUGUGGAAACCGCUAGAAAGAAUCUGCUCAAGACACUCGGUCCUUCUGUGACUUCGCAGUAGGGGCUCUGUAGAAGGUGCGCUGGUGUAUUACCUUCCUUGUUAGCUCUGUAACCGGUGCCGGUUGCAUAUCAUGCUUCUGCAGUACUGGUCUUGGGGCUGCUAUCCUUUUCCCAAUCAUAGAGAUUAUAGAAUUGCCCAGAGGGCUUUUCGAAUUCUGCAAAAGAUUGUUCGGGGUUAUAAAGUAACAUAUCAACAAGUUUUGCCAGAUUCGUUUCAUGGUGGCCUAUUUAAAUAACCGAUUGAACUAGCAGCAUUGAG